CAUUUAUAGAAUCUCUGAUCACAACAUUUUCUCCUUUUGGCACGAAUACACGAUUAUAUACGAUUGCGAUAUCUUGAAAUCUUCUCGCCAGCUCCAUAUUGUAUCUGCCAUCUACAAGUGGGGUUGCUACACCCUCAAAGACUCGUAUUCCAACGGUUGUUCCACCAGCAAUUUUGCUGUAACCAUCAGCAAUGGCAAAGCCUACACCUUCCUACGACGACUUUGGAAUCCAUGUCGAUGGCUCCUGUCUCACUGAUUCGACAGACCUGCACGCAUCCCCAAAGAGGAACCUCUCCGACCAGACAGUUAUACACCAUGACGAAGUCCACGAGAAGACCGAACAGGACGAGCAUACGGAAGCAGUCAUCCAUGCCGCUGCACGAGCAAUUAUUACGAGCAUCGAGCAAGAUGCAUAUGACAAACAUGCUGGCUCUGCCAUUAACGACCUGAGCUACAGCGGCGUCGAUGGAUCGGACAACUGUUAUACUGAACGAUCGAAUUUAACAUAUGGAGAGGGAACCGAGAUGAGCUAUGAGGGCGACCAGGAAAAUUCAUACAACGAAGACAUUCAUGACGACCCCUACGAUGGCUCCGCUAGCUCACACCAUGAAGAUGACGUUUUCAGCCACGGCAGGAGAAGCUCCGGUGGGAGUCUCAAUUCUAGUGAUGAACAAAACACAGACGAAGAGAGGCGGUACCAGCUUACAAAGUCUGACAACAAAGCCGCACAAACAGAAAAUAGAUCCAUGCGGCAUGAUGAACAGGAGGAGGAGCUGGGCAAUGAAAUGAACAACAUACCUGAAACAAUAUCUCGGAUUCCCAGCAUGGCCUCAAACGCCUACUCUAUGCUACCAGAGCCGCUAUCUUUCUCGUCCGUAACUUCACCUCACACGCCCAGCAAAGUCCUCAACCGCCCUCCUUUCCGGACCCCAAGCUCAGUACGGGCAAUGCAGAUGUCCAGCCCGACGCCCUCAGUCUUUUCCGGCUCACCGACGUCGCGUAAGAGGGUAAACAGCUCGCGCAUAUCCACGCCAAACAGACAUCAGUCAUCACUCACGAAGCACAGAACCCCCACCAAAUUCAAAGCAAAGGAAGAGCAUCCCUUAGUUCUAUUACACGUCACUGUCCUCCCAUUAUAUUGGCAACAUGCCCAGAUAAUGGACACAGCGCCACCAGAUGUGCUAUCAAAAGACCUUCUAGCUGUACGAGAGAGCUGGAAGCUGCUACAAGACAAACUCGGCGAUACUGUGUUCGAACGAGGCGUCCUACUACCCCAUCCCCAAGAUUCAUACGAGACUCUCGAGGAGAGACUCUGUGCUGCACUCGAGCUGCCCAUGCGCCCCCGCGCCAAGAUCCUCGCCUGCGGACACUACGUCGGACCAUCGACAUCCUUCUCCGACAGCGAGCUCUCCGCAUCCGACUCCUCUGAUUCCGAGGACCUGGACUCGGAAGUGUCUACCAAGUCUCUGUGGUGCGACAUCUGCUGCCGUGAUGUUCGCUUCGGGAAGUACGAUUCGAUGCCAGGGCGGCAAAAGAAGAGUUUCAAGGUUAAGCUGUUUGCGUCGAAUGGACUUAUGGGCGCUGGUGCGUGGGCGGCGUGUUGGAGGGAGAUGGAGAGGGUGGAUGUGGAGAUUACGCCGUGGGUUGAGGCUACUGCCGCGAAAGAGAUCAAUGAGUUGACCGAAACGGUCAUGGCGCAUCAGACCCCCGACGAGGGACAUUUUGAGGAGGUUCACCAUAGUAUUAUGGAGGAGCCAGUGCCUUCUGUUAAGAUUAAAGCCCCAGAGGAGGAAAGCCAUGUCGACUUUGCCGACAUUGCGAGGAGUGAAAGAGAUGCGAUGCGGUUGAGGGAAAUAUAUGGUGAACAGGCAUCUCAAACACCGGAGCGAGUUCCCCACCCGCAACACGAUCCUCAUCCACAACACGAUCCUCAUCCACAACACGAUCCUCACCCGCAACACGAAAGGCCCUCGAGCAGACGUCCCACUGCCCGCCAUCAGCAGGACGAAUCCUUCAUCACGCUCCUUGUGGCUGCUGCCAAAGUGCUCCUGCAAGACAAGAAGAACGUCAUGAUUUUCCUGCUGAGUCUGGUCGUUCUGUUACUUGCUCUUAGGCCCGGUGGAGCGCCGCCAGUAAACAGCUUCCAGAUGCAGGAGAUGGCGAUGCAGAAGUUUGAGGCGGCGGCUGCGGCCCGCGUGGCUGCUGAUGUUGUUCAGCCGGUCGUACAGAUGGUGGCUAGGGUUGAGCAGCAGGAAAUAUACGCACCAGAGCAGGCUCCGGUGCAAGUUGUGGCUAAGGCUGAAGUUGUGGAGGAGAAAAUGGCGGUUCCUGUUCAGGUCCCUGUGCAGGAGGCGGCGUAUAUUGAGGUUGUGGAAGCGGAGGCUAAGGGUCCUGUCCCAGCUCCUGUUGAGGUACAACAAGCUGUCGAAGCGGCGUCAGUAAACGAGGAGGAAACGGUCGUUGAAGUGGCAGAGCCGGCACAGGAGGAACAAGCUUCUUCAAUUCCCGAAGAAGUUGAAGAAUCUAGCUCUGCCUCUCAGGUCGAGGCAACCGAGGAGGCUUCUGCUUCUACAGAAGUUUUCGAGGAGGCAGUGGGCGCCUCUGAGCCUGUUGUCGAAGAUGAGCAGGUCGAUCUAGCUGAGGAGGGUUCGCCUUUCUCCGCUGCCGUAGAGGAAGCAGUGGAGUCUAUCGAACCUGUCGUUGAGGGCGAAACAGUUGACGCUGAGCCAGUUGACGCUGAACCAGUUGACGUUGAACCAGUUGACGCUGAACCAGUUGAGGCCGAAUCAGUCGAGUCCGAGCCUGUGGUGCCAGAAACCGAAUCCGUCGAGCCAGUUGUUGAAGCUGCCGGGGAGCCGCAAGAAUGAGUGCGAGGAGAUUUAAGUUCAUUAUUUGCAUUGAACUGGAUAUCAUUUGAUAGUGAGCGAGCUAGCGAGCGGGCGAUUUGAUUUGACUUUUAUGUUUUACGAUGUUAAUAAGGCUGUGCGUUUGGGCAUUGGAUUGUUGUCUCGUUCCCGCAAAGGUUGGGGGUGAAAGUUGGUAUAGGGAAGGAGGAAUGGAUGGGAUGGAGAUAUGUAGGGGGGAUUGGACUUUAGAUACCUCUUAGGGCUUUAGUAGAAUAGUCAUAUUCGAAUUUACUCUAAUAUGAGCUCAUACAAUGCUA